AUGUCAGGAUCUCGUGACCGCACGAAGGAACUAUUAACAUCUGUAGUUGAGCCCACUCAGGACGUCAGUGUGGGCAGACAACGCAACGGUACAGAAAGAUCUGUUCGAGACUUGUCAGGUUACGAUGCAGCGGUAUGGGAUAAUCCCAUUAUAGUAGGCGCCGACACCAUCAGGCGAAAAGACGAAAAAGUUAGGGUCAUGAGUGAUUCCACCUACGCUCAAUUUCCUCAGAAGUCCUAUCAUCCUCAGUUACGCGCUAGUAGGGUUUCGGCAGAUCGUCACUUAGAAGAUCAGCGUGACAGAUACCGUGCAGCGUCAUCAGCACGGAGAGAUUAUUGCCAGACCUACGAACAGCAGUCAACAUCUAAUAUAAUUGAGGACGUUACAGAUAUUUCAAAGGAUUGGCCCUUUUAA